CCCCCCCUCCCCCGCCCAGCUGAUCGGUGUUAUCUAAUGUAAAACGAUAUGACGACACUUGAGAUAAUCGUACGAGCGUGAGGAGUAAUCCCUCGGCCGGGUCCGGUCGGUUUAACGGUCGAGCGGAGUUGACGUUUGGAGCGAAUCAAAGUGCAGGCGGGAACGAGCGCGAUGCUGUUGAAUUUCUAGGGGAUCCGCGGAGAGGAAGGCGGCGAUAACACAGGCCCGGCGGCGAUAAGAGAGACCCCCCGGUGCCGUCGGGUUGCUAUGGUAAAAUGUCCGGCACGCUUACGCCGUUUGUGUACUGGGCCCAGACGGAGGGCCAGGUCACGCUGAAGGUGGACCUGACCGACGUCAAGGAUCUUAAUGUCAAUCUAAAGGAGACCACGUUGCAAGUCACAGCCUAUGGCCAGGGAGCUAGAGGACUGAACAACUACAGCUUCGACCUAAAUCUUCACUCGCCUGUCGAGCCAAACGAGAGCAGUUACAAAGUGAUCGACCGCGAGGUGGACUUCGUCCUGAGAAAGAAAUGUAACGGUUGGUGGCCGAGACUGACGAGCCAGCCGCAGAAGCCCUCGUGGCUUAAGAUCGACUUCGACAAGUGGAAGAGCGAAGACAUGGACGACAACGAGGACGAGAAGCGCAACAUUCUCAACGAUUAUCCCGAUAUGUACGAUAAGUUGCACAAAGAAGAGCUCGGUUACAGAAAAGAGGAUUUCGCGAAAGUGUACCUAGUCGUGUACAAUCUCUGUCAAUUUGUCGGCUUCAUUUAUGUGCUCGCUGUAAUGGCUAUACGAUACUCGCGCGACGGACCAGAUUCCAUGAAAGAAACGUACGACAUGGUCGGCGGCCCAAUCAAGUUCAUACAACUUUUGCAAUUCCUGGAGGUGAUGCACCCUCUGUUCGGAUACACGAAGAGCAGCGUGCUGGUGUCCCUGCUGCAAACGGGCGGUCGAGCGUUCAUACUGUUCUGCAUGAUCGACGCCGAGCCGCGCAUGCAAACCAAGCCGGCGGUUUUCUACCUGUUUCUCAUAUGGAGCAUGGUGGAGAUAGUCAGAUAUCCGUACUACAUCACGCAGCUGCUGAACGUCGAGAUAUCCCUCCUGACGUGGCUGAGAUACACGAUCUGGAUACCGUUGUACCCGAUGGGCUUCGUGUGCGAGGGCAUCAUAAUGCUGCGAAACAUUCCGUACUUCGAGGAGACCCAAAAGUUCACCGUCUCACUACCGAACAGCUACAAUUUCGCCAUUCACUUCCCGUCGGUCAUAAGACUUUACUUACUCUUCCUGCUCUUGCCCGGGAUGUACACGCUAAUGUCGCGUAUGAAUCAGAUGCGCUCGAGGAAACUGAAAAAGCCCCAGAUUAAAAAGAAGUACAACUGAUUUUGCGUAGAUGAGCGUAUUUCCAGACUCGUAUUUCUCUCUUCGCCUACGAUCACCAUCGCGCAGACGAUGUACUAAAAAGAGUGCGUGGAAUGCACAUAGGAAUAAUAAGCUCCGUUUUAACGUACACAGCUUUCGUAAUAAUGCUGCAAUUUUGUAUAGACGUUUGUAUGUUUUUAUCGCUAGGUAUCCGUGAUAAAAGCGAAAUUUAAAUUUCAUGCUCUAGUCGCAUAAACUAGUUUCAUUUCGUGGGUCUAUUAUUUAUUGUACAAUUAAAUGCCGUGUAACGAGGUGCGCGCAGCGCGCGGCAUAUUUUCGUUCUGCGUGUGCCAUUAUUGUAAUAAGAGCGAAAAGACUUUGCGAUGUAGACAUCCCAUUCGACGACUAUACAAUACAAACAUUCGACUACAUUUCGUAUAAUAAACGGCGUUGCUGAGAAUUCGAAUUCUUAGGUAUCCAAGUCUUAAAUACAAACACCCUGUAGGUACGUAAAGGAACAGAAUAAAUCAUGUAAAUAGGAUGAGCACGAUCAAAUUGUGUUUCUUCGGAUGUUUAUGAAGGAAGCUUAUGAGAAAGCAGUGGAACGUGCAAAAAUCGUAAUUAUACUUAUAAAAUUGAUAUUCAACGCAAAAUAUAUUUGCUAUUGCAACAGAAUUCACU